GCGGUCCCUCAACGAGCCGAUGAAGCCUACGGACCGUUAUGAGCAAGCUGAAUCCAUCGGCAGGAACGCUGCACUUCCACACCUCAGCUGAAACUGAAAUAUCAGUUGCUACACGUUCUGAAUUCUGAUCACCAUGACCCCCUCCUUGCCCUCGCUGUUGCUCCUCCUCCUGCUGGCCUUGUGGCCGGCACCCUACCUCGCAGCGCGCGCCGGCACCGGCGCCAGCGACCACGGUUUCACGCACAUCCACCUGUACAUGCACGAGACCUUCGCCGGCCCGAACGCCACGACGCUCACGGCGGUGCCGUCGCCGCUGGGCGCCGACGCGACGUUCGGGGCGAUCGGCGUGCUCGACGACGAGCUGCGCGACGGGCCGGACGCGAGGAACUCGUCGCUCGUCGGCCGGUACCAGGGCCUCUUCCUCAACGCGGGGCUCGUGAGCCCGCCGGGUGCGCAAUCGGCGAUCAACCUCGUCUUCACGGCCGGCGAGCGCCGCGGGAGCACGCUGGCCAUGCUGGGCCCCGUGCUGAGCUUCACGAGCGCCAUCGAGCGCGCCGUGGUGGGCGGCACCGGCGCCUUCAGGAUGGCGCGCGGGUACUGCGUCAUGACGCGCGCCGGCAGCCCCACGCCGGAGUCCCUCGUCUACGAGGUCGACCUGUUCCUGGACAUGUACCAUGCCUGAUCGAUGGUUGUGCCUGUUGGUUUGUGUGCGCACGGUGCUAUCGUGUACGUUGGUAAAUUCUAAAUAUACUAAACCUGGCCAGGUUUAAUUUAUCAUAUUUUUUGACUUUUUCUUAUCAGUCAAAAUCGGACCAAUGGGUGAGCGGCACGUGCUUUAAUGGGGAUACAGCCAGGACCAUAUGAUUCUAAUUGGCGCGGGGGCAUGAAGAGAUCGAGUUUGCGACCACUUCCAUUCCGUCCUACUAGAUCGGAAACGCGCCUUGGCGUGAGGGUACCGGUCACAACAAUGUGUCCAAACAAAUAUUGCUCAAAUUAAUAGGAAGUCGGGUUUAGCGACGUAUUCAAACAGGAUACAACAAACUAAAAGGAAGAGGAAACAUUCACAUGUAAUAGGAGGAAAACAUCAUCGAGAUUGACAUCGGCAUGAGAAAUAAGGCAGCAUUCAAUUUAGUGUGUUCAUGAGACCACAAAAGGUAACCACUUGAUAUUAAGCUCGGUACUAAGAGCGUGAAUAUGAGAGAGGAAGUACCAAGAGCAGGAACAUAAUAUAAAUAAAUAAAAACUACGUAGCCAUAGCUUCUUAGGCAUACUACUUAGUUGCUUCAUUCGGCUGCCUUCUCGAUCAACUCCAUAGAUGGCACGUCACUUAACCUGAUGCAGGCAAUGUGUUAGAUAUAUUGCAUAGACCAAUUUAUGUGUAGACAAAAAAUGCACUUGCAUUUUUGUACCUUAGCCUUUUAAAGCUUAUAACCAGGGAGUGAUGGUUCCCCUUUUCAAUUUUGAAAGCAAAGACACAUAUGAUA